UAAAGAUGAAAGUAAGCGAGAGGAUGCUGCAUUUUGCAGUACGACAUUAUCGAUGUUUUAUGGUAGGAUAUGUGUUAACAACAGACAGUGAUUGUUUAUUUUGAUUUAUAACAUGUUAAAGAAUUAGACUGAAAUGAUUAUACACAUCAGAUGUUAUUUAUAAUGGGGAAAUCAUGGGUUUAUUACAGUUGACAAUUGUGGUCAAAAUUUCAUGCUUUGUGAUAUUUAGUUUGUUACUUGUGGAAUGCAGAUUACAAAAAAACAAAGUCAUUUUAAUUAACAGGCCAGUGGAUGUUUUCUUUGGACGAACUGUGGUGUUAGAUCCAUUGAAGGACUUAAAUAUACAUGUUGAGCACGGGGAUUCGUGCUCUUUGAAAAUUGUUAAUAAAGACAUUUUGCCGGAAAGUGCUGGAAAACUAAGCAAAUCUGCAUUUUCCUGUAAAUUCAUCAGUGGGGAAGUUACUUACAUCCACUAUGGAAGGAUAUAUGGUGUCCAUGAAUUUCUUACUUUGCUUCAAUACAAUUCACAGAAUGAGACAUUUAUCACUCAGUUUUUCAUUCAGUUCAAUAUCAUUGGAAAACCAUAUGAGGUUGUUACCAAAAAUGUUGCGGUACAAGUAAACAGCUAUUCGGAUGUGAGCUCACCAAUAGAUUCAUCAGCUCUUCAGUUCUCAUUUGACGAAAGCAUUAAUUCAUGCUUCAUUAGUGUUUUACCACAAUCUCUUGGACUACCUCAAUAUGGACAGUUGCUGAACAAAACCUUAUUUAACAUUGACUGUAAACAAUUUUUGGCUUCCGAUAUAAGGUAUAGAUACUAUGCACAUAAAAGUGUAUCAAAACAUGACUAUAUUCCUAUGCAGCUGAAACUCCUAACAAAACUUGGAGAAGUGGUCAAGGAUGAAUAUUUUCAAAUGGAAGUAGUAAUAUCCUCCGGCACAGACAACACUCCCCCGGAACCCAGCAAUAGUGCCACCUUCAUAAUGGAUUCAGUCAGCCAGACUGUCCAUACACCAAUCACUGUUGACAUUUUGUCAGCUACUGACGGACAGACACAGUCGGAUAAACUUAUAUUUAACAUUACUCAACCACUAGGCCCCGGUGAAGGAAUUAUUAUUAAUACAGAUAAUGAAGAUGAACCAAUUAACCACUUCUUUCAGUAUGAAGUUAAUGAUCUCAAAAUUGCUUAUAAGCCCACAAAAUCUGAUUCAAACAUCAAGAGAAUUUUUCAGAUAUGGAUUUCCAUUGUAGACCCAGAGGGCCUGGCCUCAGACCCAUUGCUGUUGAUGAUUGUUGUUGAACCAAUGAGUACAAAUGCACCUGUUGUUACUGAAAGUAAAGGUAUGUUCUUAAUCGAAGGCCAAUCAAGACCAAUUAUAAGCCCAGAUAUGCUUGAAAUCUCUCAUGUGGAUAACUUAGAAAGUGUCAGAAUAUAUCACAUUGAUGGAUUAAGGCAUGGUCACUUGACUCUCCCAGCUGGGAAAAAUUAUUUCACACCUGAGGAUCUAAAACAUGGACUAGUGGUUUAUCAUCAUGAUGACAGUGAUUCACUCAGUGACAAUAUUGUCUUCCAGCUUUCUGAUGGACAGAAUGUGAUUACAUUUUUAUUUCCAGUAACAAUUUAUCCAAAAGAUGACCAAACUCCUAUCUUGAUUGUUAACAAUGGUCUUGAAAUCCAGAAAAAUGACAUAGCAUUGAUUUCAUCUUUAGAUUUGUCAGCUUCGGACACUGACACUGAUGACAGUGAUGUCAUCUUUGUUCUUGAACCUCCCUAUUCAAGUCGAGGAUUGAUCAUAAAAAAGCAGCCGGAAAAACCAUCAGAUACAAAUGAAUGGCAUUUUCAUAAUGGAUUUUAUGUGCAAAUAGUAUACAACUUUACUCAGCUGGAUAUUUUGAAAGGAAAAAUGUUUUAUAAGCAUGCAGGAUUUCAAUCUAAUGAAGCAUUUAUGGAUGACAGAAUCAGGUUUAAAAUAAUAGAUAAGGGUGUACCACCAAAUAAGUCCCCUGUUCAUGAAAUCCAUGUUAAAAUACAGCCAAUUGAUGACAUACCGCCCUAUUUGUAUCCAAACACAAAGCUUGAACUAGAUGUCACUGAAAAUGGAUGUACACCUGUUAAAAGGAAAAAUUUAAGAUUUACUGAUGAUGACACAAAUGACCGGACAAUUAUGUACACCAUAAAAAGGCAGCCAUAUGAUACAUUUGAUUAUGGGCCGUUAGAAGCAGGUAAAAUUGUUCAAUGUGAUACCUCUGAAAAAAUUCUGACCCAAUUUAGCCAAGCUGACAUAAACCAUAACAAAGUUUGCUUUCAACCACCAGCUACAGGACUUGGACUCGCUACAAGAACUCUGCAAUUUGACUUUAGUGUUGAAGACCAGUCGGAAAACAUUCUGACAAAUCAAGUGUUCACCAUUAUUAUUAAGCCAGUGAAUAGUGUUCCACCAGUGGUUAUUAACACUGGAGCUGAGAUUGUUGUAAAUGGUGAAAUUGUGAUAACUCCACAGAUGUUAUUUGUCAAGGAUACUGACCCACAGAAUAUUGUUAUCAUCAUGAGUAAACUUCCACAGUUUGGUAUUUUGUAUAACAAUGGCUCUGUACUUGAAACAGAUAAUACCUUUUCCCCUUUUGACAUUGAAAGGGGUAAAAUUGUGUACAGAAAUCAAGAACAUGAUGAAAGUUCCAAAGAUAUGUUCAUGGUAGAAAUAUCUGAUGGUAUACAUUUCAUUCCUAUGACAUUCUAUUUGAACAUUGUUAAAAGAAGUGAAGAACCCUUUCAAAGAAAUUCUGUUGCUGAUAAUGGUAAACUUACUAUCCAUCAUAAAAUGAAUGAAAAUGGUACAAUUACUUUAAAUCCUGAACAUUUCAAAAUAUAUGAUACAUCCCUUAGCCCAAGAGAUAUUGUGUAUUCUAUUCAAAAGUAUCCAUUGUUCGGUUUAUUAUUAUUAAAUGGGCAAGGAAGCAGUUAUUUUACACAAACUGACAUUUUAAACAGAAAAGUUAUGUAUGCUCAUACUGGCUCAGACGUUGGAAGAAAUCAGGCUGAGGACAAAAUCAUACUCUUAGUUCUUGGUACGUCAAAUGUAUUACUAAAAGAUGGGUCCAUACUUGAAAGAAUUGAAUUAGUGUUUGAAAUUCAACCAGUAGACAAUCAACCGCCUAAAAUAGUAACACAUGAUGAUAUAGAGGUUGCUGAAGGAAGAACUGUACAAUUACGAAGGGAACAUAUUGAUGUUAAUGAUAUUGACUCAGAAGAAGGUACUAUUAUGUGUAUGAUAACAGAACAACCUAAAAAUGGAUUUCUUGAAAAUAAAUCACCAGGUUCAAGGGCUGGAUUACCCAUAUCAGCAUUCAAUGUAGAUAAUAUCAGGAAUGGUGACAUAUUUUAUGUACAGAAUGUUCAUAAAGGUAUUGAACCAAGAAGUGAUCAGUUCCAAAUAAAAUGUUCAGAUGGAAGAAACCUCAGUGGUGACAAGAAAAUAUCUAUUGCUAUACUUCCAGCAAAUGAUGAAGUUCCUGAAGUAGUUGUGAGGGAAUUCAUUGGCUCUGAAGGCAUGGACAUAAGAAUAGAUGCUGCUAUACUAGAGGUGACUGAUAAAGAUGAACCUGGUGAUGAGUUGAAUGUUCUUAUUGUCACUCCUCCUAAACAUGGUAGAAUUGUACAGCAAUCCCUAACUGGUGAAGUCCAAGUACAAAAUUUCACUCUCGACAAAAUCCAAGAAUUUUCUACAAUUGUGUAUGAACAUGAUGGCUCUGAGACUACUACUGAUGUGUUUGUGUUUGUUCUGUCAGACGGUAUUCACAAUGUCACAAGGACUGUCCCAAUAACUAUAUUUCCAAUUGAUGAUGAGCCGCCGAGACUUGCUGUAAACAAUGGACUUGAAAUAGAGAGCUUGGGAGACAAAAGGACUAUCACAAAUGAAAUGCUGAAGGCUGUGGAUGUUGACUCUUUGGUCAGUAACCUUACAUUUAUAAUCAAGAAGAUUCCACAGUAUGGUGUCCUGACAAAAACUGUCCAAAAUACAAAAGUGAACCUGAUUUAUGGGUCUAACUUCACACAGACAGACAUUGAUAACAAUCUUGUGGAAUAUAUCCAUUUUGGCAAAGAUUUAAAAUUAGACUUAAUCAAGUUUGAUGUGACAGAUGGUUUGAACUUUCUUAUUAACAGAUAUUUCUAUGUCAAAAUUAAAGGCAUGAAUAUGAUACAUCCAGAUGUUUUUAAUACAGCUCUUAUUCUGCAAAACAAUGGAGGUGUAACAUUAACUAGGGCUAUUUUGACUGACUCUGAGAUUAAAGUAUCCGAAGAACUACUUUUCAACAUUACUGUUCCACCAAAACAUGGCCAUUUAGAAUAUGUUGAUCAGAGUGGUGAAAAACUUUCCAACUUCAUGUUCCAAUAUUUAGAUUCUAACAAAGUAAGAUACGUUCACCGGAAUGAAGAUGAAGUGACGUUUGAUGCCUUUGAAUUAGAAGUAAGUGAUGGUAAGAAACAAAUGGCCAAAACUUUACGAAUUUUAAUCAGUGGACAGGACAAUGAUUUACCUGUUGUCAUGGUUACAACUCUUAGACUAAAAAAAGGAACAAAUAAAAUACUAACGCCACUGGAACUUGGGGUCUUUGAUGUGGACACUGCUGAUGAAGAUGUGGUUUUUACCAUAACGCAAGUGCCUUUACACGGAAAUCUGCUGUACAACCUCUCUAGAAUAGUGACAAGGUUCUCUCAAAGUGACCUUAAGAAGGGCCUCAUAUCUUACCAGCAUGAUGGAAGUGAAACAUUUUCAGACAGUUUAAUUUUCACUGUCUCUGAUGGCUUACACCAACAUUUUUACAUACCAGGGUCUGACAUGCCUGUCCGUACACCCCAGGAAAUGGACAUAGAAAUAAUACCCAUGAGCAGUGGUGCCCCUAGAGUAGUGGUCAACACAGGGUCUAACUUCUUGACUGAAUUGACCAGCGGGCUAGGGUUUUGCAUUACUGACAGUAACCUACAAAGCCAGGACUAUGACAGCCCGAGUGAUGUUCUGCGAUACACGUUGACUUUCAACCCUCAGCAUGGAUUAUUAAGAAACACUGCACAGGGAAAUGGCGCCAUCACCACGUGGACGCAAGGCGACCUGGAUGCAAGGCAUAUCCAGUACGUCCUCACCCCAGGGGAAAAUGCCACCAGUGACAGCUUCUUCUUCAAGGUCACAGAUCAAGAGGGCCAUUCCUUGGAAAACCAACCCUUCCACCUACAGUGGGCAUGGCUAUCCUUCAAGACUGACAGUUACCAUGGUAACGAGACGGAUGGCUACAUCAAUGUCACCCUACAAAGGAGGGGUUACCUUGGAGAAACAAGUCUUGUCACUGUUGAGGUGCGUGAGAAGACUGCUUCCCUUGGUAGAGAUGUGUCGAGGCAGUUUGCUCAGAUGAUCCAGUUUAACCCAGGUCAGACAGAGAAGCAGUGGAGACUGGCCAUCAAGGACGACAAUGUGUUUGAGGGCGAGGAGACCCUCACACUGCAGCUCAGUGGCCCCCUAUCUGCUGUGCUGGAACAUCCUUAUGUUGCCAGGGUAACCCUCCAUGACCCAGAAGAUGAGGCGACCGUUUAUUUUGAGGGUUUGAGCUACAAGACGAUGGAGAAUGGAAGCCAUUUGGACAUCCCCAUUGUCCGUACUGGUGACCUAUCACAGGAACUCACUGUAGUCUGCAAUACAAGGGAUGGCACUGCCAGGGGUGCAUCUACUGGCAAGAUUGAAACCUUUUCCGACUACAUAACUCGCCCAGCAGAUCACAGCAGUAUGGUCAGGUUUGGCAAGGGAGACAACAAGAGGUUCUGCAGAGUGACGCUCCUUGAUGACUUCCUAUAUGAAGAUCAGAAGCGGUUCUAUGUGGGGUUGAGUGAACCAAUGGGAGGCAAGCUGGGAACCGCAGUAGAAGCAGACAUCACAAUUCUCCCUGACCCAGCCGAUGAGCCCGUGUUUUACUUUGACCAAGCCCACUACACUGUGGAUGAGAGUGCUGGCACCCUGGAGGUUAAGGUGUGGAAAACUGGCACCGAUCUGUCCAAACCCUCAAGUAUAACCGUGCAUUCCCGGAGAAUGGGGAAUUACCCAGCUGAAGUUGGAAUGGACUACCUACCAGUGACUCAUAUCCUAGAUUUCUCUCCGGGUCAGAUGACCAAGACGCUGCAGGCCAUCAUCUUGGAUGAUGUGGGGAUCCCACAACUAGAGGGACCCAAGACGUUUGAGCUCUACUUCCGUAUCCCUGUAGGGGGCCGUGUUGGGCAGCCCAGCACUGCUAUCGUCACUAUAGAUGACUCAGUCUCUGAUUUGCCUAAGAUGGAGUUCAAGGCAGCAGAGUACAGAGUCCUUGAAAGUGAAGGUCAAGUUGUUGCCAAGGUGACAAGGUCAGGUGACAUCAGCAGCCAAUCAGAAGUCAGGUGUUACACUCGGCCUAUCACAGCACAGGGAGAUAUGGAUUUUGUAGAGAAACUGGAUUCAAAUGAAUCCAUAGUCAUCUUUCUUCCAGGUGAGAGUGAGGCAGAUUGUCGCAUACAGCUAGUGGAUGACACAAUCUGGGAGCGCGAGGAGAGUUUUAGACUUGUGUUGGGUAUGCCAGACAGCCUGCUGCCUGGGGGAGCCACUCUGGGGGGACAAGUCACCACGCAUAUAGUGGUUGAUGACCCAGAAGAUACUCCAAUGAUCAUGUUUGAGCACAGUCAGUACACAGUGAAUGAGCCCAUCAUCAAAGGUGACGUGAAGAUUGCCCGUAUCUCUGUGGUCAGACUUGGGGAUACAAUGGGGACAUCGGAGGUUCGAGUAACAACACGCAGUGGGAGUGCCCUGGCUGGAAGGGACUUUAAUACCUAUGAUAGAGCCAUUGAUUUUGGCCCCGGAGUAAGCCACCAGAUGGUAGAGCUGGAAAUAAUGUUCGACAAUAGUGGGGAAGACAGGGAGAUGUUCACUGUGCACAUUUCCCAGGACACACACAGGCUCGCACAAGUCAGGCACAACAGUGAGGCUGUGGUAUAUAUUGAGGAGAACAGCGAGUUGGCUGAUAUAAAACUUCCUCUGGCCCCUCUGGUUGUCUCUCUACGUGACCUUGACUUUGUUGCCAGUGGUAACAAAAGGAUGCCCAUACAGGGAUACCCACUGGUGUGUGUAUCAUCCUGCAGCCCCUACCAUCCCCAGUACCUGUCAGUUCAGGAUGUAUGUAGGGAGGCCGGUAUUGACGAUGUCCAGACCAAGUUCCGUUGGAGGGUGGGCCUGGCGGGAGGAGAACUAUUUGACCUUGACUCUGACACAAUCUUCACCACCACCAGGCAAAUUACACUGGAUAGCAUCUACUUUAAAGCAGGUAGCCAGGUGGAGUGUUUUGCUAGAGCAGUUAAUAAUGAAGGAGAACCAGGCAAAGAGGUAGCCAGCCCUGUGGUGACAGUUGACUACAGUCAGGGGGUGUGUCCAUCUAGGACUGACAGCCUCACAGGGGCUCAGCCAUUCGAUGCAAGGAUGUGGUAUACAGGUCCAGAUGAUGAGUGGCACCCUAACAAGGUCCAUGUGAGAGUACAGAUUCCCCAUACUGAUGGAAUGUUACCCGUCAUCUCUACCCGCAAGAUGGCCAACUACGAGCUGACCCUGAAUGAUGAUGGCUCACACAAGAACAAGCACCAGUGUACAAACCUGCUGAAAAGUGGAGGGAUAGGGGCAGGUUUUGGGGUCAAUCAUCAUGAUCUGAUGGGGUUCUAUGGGUCUUCACUCCCGUAUGAAUAUAGCGAGAUGCUCAGGAGUAAUAAGACACUGGCACUUUAUAGAAACCUGGACAUGUCCUCGUGUUUGUGGACGUUUGAUGCCUACUACAACAUGUCAGAGCUGGUCAGCAGGUGUGGGGCUCUGAUGGACACUGAUUCACAGAUGCCUGGAAGUCCUCAGUCCUUCGUUGUAGUAAAACUCCCCCUGUUUGUAUCAUACCUGUACUUCACUCCGGGCAUGAGAGACACAUGGCGAGCCCAUGAGGUGAGCAGAUACCUCACACUGAAGUUUGUGUAUGGUACAGGGACAAUGUGGGACCAAGCCAUACAAUCAAACAGGCACCCAGCUGGGCUCAAAGCCCAGUUAUUCCCUUCUGGUGUCCGGAUUCUUGAGGAUGGUCGACUAGUUGUCAGAUUUAAGACUGUGCCCAAAUUCAGGGGACAGUUCCUGGCUUCACAUCCUGUAAACCAACUCAAUUCCACUGUCCAGUCUUUGAGCCAUGGUGGUGUUACCUUUGAACUGCAGCUUCUACCCAGUCAGGACAAGUCUGACAGACCAUACCAGAACUGGCUUGUCACUUCAACCACUAUGCUGAAGAACUAUUGUGGAGACCUUCUGGUGACCCUGUUGCCAUGCCUACUGACCUUUACCAAGACUUCAACACAGCCAAUCAGCUGCUCUCCUUCUGACCAUGUGACAUUCAGUUUACCAAUCAAAUUGCAGCAAGUCAGUGACCCUGUGCCAGCCAAGUUCAGCUUGAAUACAGAUUUCAGGUUGAUUAGAAAAAGAGAUGUUUGGCUCUCAGAGAAACUGCCAUACAUUUCUGAAGAGGACAUGACCAUUGCUCCAGGAGAUACAGUGUAUGGCAGACUAGAUGUGAGCCCCAUACAGUUGUUGGAUCAGAACAUCUAUCUGUACAUUGAGAAGGUGUUUGUGUGUGCUGGUCAGGGGGGUUACAUUCCACUAUACAAUCCGGAUAUAGGUCACUAUGGAUGUGUGGGAAAUGCAGAACAACUGGACACUGUCAUCAGAAUAAUGGACAAAACGGACCCCUCGUCAGUUAACACCACAUUCCAAGGGUUCCCUCUAUCCGCUAUGAUGUCGGAUGACGCACAAUCCUCUGAAGUCUUCAACAUUCCAGGGGCAGAUGGAUUCUCAUUUGAUUCCUCGCCACUUUUUAAGGCUGAGGGUGGAAAAUUGUGGUUCCUGCACAUAGUGUUUUCACUGACCACCACAAAUGGAGAUGUUAUUUCAAGAACAUCAGUGUUUGACAGACAUAAUUUGAAAAGAUCCCUCAAUGACAUUGCAGGGGUUGGGAAUGGUGUAAAGGGCACAAAUAUGGCCCCUUUAAUACUCGACUUUAAUGGGAAAUCUUUGGUAGAAGACCAAUUCGAUUCUGGCAAAAGAACUGAAAACAAUGAAAGCCAGAUGCCACUUAUUUCAGCCCUGAUUGGGGCAAGUGCUCUACUGCUGAUAGGUAUUUUUGUGCUUGUGAUAUUUAUACGACACCGACGGAAGCAGACGUCUCCACCGCCAACUCCAUCAGGAACGAUAACUGUGAUGUCAACUUCUCCUGGACAUACAAAAGUCAUAUCAAAUGCUCAUAUCUUCAACCAGUCACUCCCAUACCAUUCUGAAGUCUGACGGUGACAUUUUGUGUUUUACAGGAAGAGUAAUUAUUUGGAAUUGAGAAUUCCUAAAUCCAAACUAUCCUGUGUUGGUUUGAUUGUUAACAGUACCUGGUGUAUGUAACAUGAUUUUGUUAAAGGAACAUACAUGUAUAUUAUUUAACGUCAUUGCUAAAUAUUUAAAAAAAAAAAAAAAAAAUUUAAGAGAAUCCUUCUUGCUGCAUUCAUUUUAUUUGCUGCAUGACAUUUUCCAAGUCAACAAAAUAAGCAUAUUAAUAUUACAGAGGAAUAAUACUCGUUGAAAUGAAAUCCAUUUUGUGCCAAAACACCCAUUUCUUUAAUAUUAAAGUGAAGUUUGAGAUAAGAACUGGUCAUAUAUUCCAUAUGUUUCUUCGUGAAGACAUGGUAUCAGCUUAUUGUUACGAAGUUUAUUAUUUUAUCUAUUUAAAAUAAUACAUAUUGAUGUAACAUAAUUAUGUGCAAUAAUUUGUCUUUAUUUCCUUUUUAUGUGUUUGCAUUAUAGCUGUUUUUGAUUCUUAAAUGGUCAGUUUAAUGAUAGUUCAUGUUUGUAAAUGACCCUUCACAUGUAUGUUUUAAUACGGGUCAGUUAUCCAUGAGUAAUGCAUGGAUAAUUUGUCCAAGAGGAGCAAUUAUCAAAGUUUGGAUUUUCCAAAAAAUAUCUGCAAUUUAAAUGAGUUUGAUAAUAAAAUCUUAUUGAAAUUUUUGAUAUUAUGCAAAACUAUUAUCUUAUGGUAAACGUUAUAUAGAUUUGUACAUUGAAUCCAUGUUGCUCUUGAACCUCAAAAAUGUGCCAGAUUUCAGCUCCCUUGUUUUGUGUAAAAAUGCAUUGUGAAAAAGUUAUGCAAGGUUAUGCAAACAUUGCACAAGAUUUGUGCCGUUAAUUCUUUGAUUUGUAUAUGCAACAUUUGCCUAGCAGUAUGCUUUCUCAACUGUGUUGUCAACAUGACAUGUUUUUUUGCUUGUUUUUAAAAUUGUUCUAUUCUAGUCAUUUGUAAAUUUGUAACUUGUUGCCUGUAUUUUGAAAAAGCGAGAAAUUUGUUAUAAUGAUUUGCUCAUGUUAAUAAUCAUACAAGUUUCAUGUGUUUAACAGAGUUUCAGGAUGUUUAAUAUGUUUGUUUCUGGAGUAGAGUGUAAUUAUUUGAACUAUGAUUUCAAUUGCUUGGUAUUUGACCUGAAAUAAUACUCCUGUGAUCAUAUAUGGGGUAACAUGUAUUUAUGCAGCAUAUUGCGAUAUUCCAUGCAUAUUUGUAUUACAUGCGCAUUUGCAUUCCAAAAAUAAACUCAUAAAG